UCGCCGAGAGGCUUGUCCGGGAGGGCGCAGCGCUCUGGGGACGCCGCUGCACCUGCUGUGGAUCUCGCCCGCCGCUCCGUGCGCCCCCACCCCCCGCCCCCGCCUCCCCCUCCGUGCCCACGAUCCUGAGCCCUCGUUCCCCUCUAGGUCCCCGCCUCCCGGCCGCAGCGCGAGAGAGCCGAGCCCUGCCCGAAGGAGCCGCCCCUUCUCCGUCUGGCCAGCCUGGCGUCUAGCGAGGCCCACCGAGCCCCGGAUCCUAUUGCGCCGCACGGUCGCCACCACCUCCAGGCCGCCGCGCCCCGGCCGGCAUGAGCCGCCGCGCCGGGUCCCUGCGCGCCUGAUGAGCGCGGCCGGAGACCGGAGCCGGCCACUUCGCGCGCCGGGCCUCCCCCGACUGCACCCCCAGCUCCCCGGACCAAGGCCAUUGGGCCCCGCCGCUGAGGGCGCGGCCGCUCCGGACAGUCGAGAGAGAAGGGCCCGGAGAUGGCCCGGCGAGCGUGCGGUUUGGCGGCGGGCUCCUUACACGUGGUGCGGGCUCGGGGACAGCCCCCGAGCUGGUAGCGGUCUGAAGCCAGAUGGACCUUGACCAGAGCCGCGGCGCCGAUUUCGUGCCUGGCCAAUACUAGAGGGGCUCGGGCGGGCCCGCUGGCGGAGAGCGCCGGCCGUGAAGAUGAUCCUGGUACGCAGGUUCCGAGCGCUCGUCCUGACAGUGUUUCUGGCGGCCUGCGCGCUGCACAUCGUGCUGGACCUGCUGCCCAAGCUGGAGCGGCGCGCCGCGCGGCCAUCGGGGGAGCCCGGCUGCUCCUGCGCGCAGCCUGUGGCCGAGGCGGCGGCCCCCGGCUGGGCCAAGGCCAGGGGCCGGCCCGGGGAGCCUCCAGCCCCCGCCUCGGCCGCCGGGGACUCGGGCUGGCCCAACAAACACACGCUGCGCAUCCUGCAGGACUUUAGCUCCGACCCUUCCUCCAACCUCACGUCCCACUCCCUGGAGAAACUGCCACCCGCAGCCGAGCCUGCGGAGGGCGGGUUACGGCGGCAGGAUCCCGGUGCCCUCAGGCCUCGCGACCCCGCGCACCGGCCGCUGCUCCGAGACCUCGGUGCCCGCCGGUCCGCGCCGCCCCCUGGCCCGAGCGGGGACGGCUCCCUCCUGGCCAGGCUGUUUGAACACCCGCUGUACCAGGUCGCCGUCCCGCCGCUAACGGAGGACGACGUUCUUUUCAACGUGAACAGCGACAUCAGGUUCAACCCCAAGGCGGCGGCAGAGAACCCCAACUGGCCCCAGGAAGGUCCCGAAGAUGAGGGAUUCUUGCCCACGGGGGAGGCAGUGGUGGACAACUACCCCAACUGGCUCAAGUUCCACAUCGGCAUCAACCGCUACGAGCUGUACUCCAGACAGAACCCGGCGGUGGACGCCCUGCUGCAGGACCUCGGUGUGCAGAAGAUAACGAGCGUCGCCAUGAAGUCGGGGGGCACACAGCUGAAGCUCAUCAUGACGUUCCAGAACUACGGGCAGGCACUGUUCAAGCCCAUGAAGCAAACUCGAGAGCAAGAGACACCUCCUGACUUUUUUUAUUUCUCCGACUACGAGAGGCACAACGCGGAGAUCGCUGCCUUCCACCUGGACAGGAUCCUGGACUUCCGACGGGUCCCUCCCGUGGCCGGCAGGAUGAUCAACAUGACCAAGGAAAUCCGGGACGUCACUCGGGACAAGAAGUUGUGGAGAACCUUCUUCAUCUCUCCAGCCAACAACGUCUGUUUCUAUGGGGAGUGCUCCUACUACUGCUCCACGGAGCACGCCCUGUGCGGGCGGCCCGACCAGAUCGAGGGCUCGCUGGCCGCCUUCCUGCCCGACCUGUCGCUGGCCAAGAGGAAGACAUGGCGGAACCCGUGGCGGCGCUCCUACCACAAGCGCAAGAAGGCAGAGUGGGAAGUGGACCCCGAGUACUGCAAGGAGGUGAAGCGGACGCCCCCCUACGACAGCAGCCACCGCAUCCUGGACAUCAUGGACAUGACCAUCUUUGACUUCCUCAUGGGAAACAUGGACCGCCACCACUACGAGACCUUUGAGAAGUUCGGGAACGAGACCUUCAUCAUCCACUUGGACAACGGAAGGGGGUUUGGGAAAUACUCCCAUGACGAGCUCUCCAUCCUGGUGCCUCUACAGCAGUGCUGCAGGGUCAGGAAGUCCACCUACCUGCGGCUGCAGCUGCUGGCCAAGGAGGAGUACAAGCUGAGCCUGCUGAUGGCCGAGUCCCUGCGCCAGGACCGCGUGGCCCCCGUGCUGCUCCAGCCGCACCUGGAGGCCCUGGACCGGCGCCUGCGCCUGGUGCUGCAGGCCAUCGGGGACUGUGUGGGGAAGGACGGGCUGCACCGCGUGGUGGAUGACGACCUGGACCCCGGGCACAGAGGCUCCACCGACAGGUAGUGACCGCAGCCGCCGGCCGGCGCUGACGACGGACACACGCGCCCACUCCGCGCGCUCGCCAGCCCACGGGACCGCGCCUGGACCCGGAACCUCGGACAUGCGGCCCUUCGGCAGUGGGUCCCACAGGACGUGUCUGUUCAUCUCCCCGACCAGAGAGCGUCGGGGGGGGCGGUGCCCAUGGACGGGGCGGCCCGCCCUGCAGUAUGGACGGGAAUCUUGUUCCCCAUUGUGUGUUUAUACACAGAUUUCACGUAUGUGAGUAGAGACGCCUGCACAGACCCCAGACUCUCACUGAGGGUCUCAUCCUGGGCCACGUUCCCUGCCAAGGGCCCACGGGCUUCUGACCGAACUGAGAAUAAAAGCCCUUUCUCCUCCCUCCCUGGACACACUGGGAGGGUCCCCUUUGAGAACACAGCCCUGGUGGCUGGCAUGGACUUGCGUGGACAGAUGAGCGUGUGUUUUAGAGUGACAAAAAUGACCAGUGACUCCGUUUCUCAGUGCUGCCCAUGAGUACCUGGGACUCUGCUGGGCGGCAGCCGGGGCCGAAGCUCAUCUUCUGACUCUGCUGUGGGGACUCGGCCUCUGCGUGUCCCACAGGGUCCUCCGAGUGUCCCACGGGGUCCUCCACGCGCCCCUGGUGCAUUUCUGUGGGUUAGUCUGCAAUGCAACGGAAGUGCAAUAAAGAUACACCCAGCGUG